AUGCCAAACCCAGAGACAUUCCCUCCGCCAGCCGGCGAAUUCUUCAAGCUCUACAUGCAUCCAUCCAACAGCGACAGAGACAAGAACGCCAUGAUCAACAUGUACCAGCUCUAUGAUUCCUACUACCGGUGUGCGGAUCUGGGUGUUACGUAUGCUCAGGGUUCGUGGGGCUACACAAUAUUACGCACCCCGUAUUCGGAGGAAUCCAACGCCUAUGGCAAGAAUAAUAAGUCCGACGCCUCAGUUACUAAGGAAAUCGCGCGACGUUUCGCCGUGGACGUUGUUGAGGACCAGGGCGGGUGUUCAAAAGCGCUGAGGCACUAUCCCAACCUUACGGGCGCGAGCCAGCAAGACAUCAAGUCGCUCGUCGAGAUUUUCGAGACCUGGCGUGAUAACACUCUCGGCAAUGUUGACAUGGAAACCAACAGCCGUUAUAACCCCCGGUUCUGGGACUUUUUGGUCAUCGACGAAGGUUCUCUCUGCUCGCUCGCUGCGCUCCCCAAGGAGACGCCGCACUUGGAGCCAGUGAGUCGUGCCGAAAGAAUGGCCCGGAAUGUGCUGUAUGAGAAUUCCUACGUCUGGCUCAUAGACUCGCGCGCCGCGAAACGCUUCCAGGGCGUUGAGGACCCGGCCAGCUACGAUGGAUGCAUGAAGCUAAGUGUAGGUGAUAUCUAUGAAGCGUGGUUUGAGAGGGUAGCGAGAUUCGAAGACUUGGACUGGAUUUUUGAGCUUGAAGAGAGGGCCGGAGAAAGGUGGUAUUCCUCGCGAUAA